UGUCAUAUUUGUCAAAGUUUUCACAAUCGUAGAGCCUCAUUUCGGAAUUUAUUUAACAGUUUUAACAAUAAAUAACAGUAAAAAAUGUCCAUUAACAGCAAUUUAUCCAUAGCCGUUGUAUGCUCAUCAAAUAUGAAUCGGUCUAUGGAGGCACACAAUUUCCUAGCCAAGAAGGGCUUCUAUGUACGGUCUUUUGGGGUUGGUCAGACUGUCAAAUUGCCCGGAACAGCGAUUGAUAAACCUAAUAUCUAUGAAUUUGGCACCAGCUAUGAUUACAUCUACAACGACCUGAGCAGCAAAGACAAACAAUACUACACACAGAACGGUUUGCUGCACAUGUUGGAUCGUAAUCGCCGCAUCAAAAAGUGUCCCGAACGUUUUCAAGAAUGCAAAGAAAAAUUUGAUAUAAUUGUUACAGUUGAGGAACGUGUAUACGAUCAGGUUUUGGAGUAUAUGGAAUCAAUUGAUGUAACUGAUAACCGACCUGUACAUAUAUUUAAUGUUGAUAUCGAAGAUAACCAUGAAGAAGCAUUGAUGGGCGCGUUUCUUAUUGCGGACAUGAUAAUUAUGAUGUCAAAAUCAAGUGACUUGGAUAAUGAUAUAGACGAACUCCUGCAAGAAUUUGAAUCGAGGCGCAAUAAAACCGUUUUACAUUCGGUACUCUUCUACUGACUGCUGGUGAUAUUUAUUUCUCAAUAUGAUUUUAUUUGAUAAAUAUGUAUAUGCUAUAAGGAUUUGUUUAUAACCAAUAAUGACCACAGACAAUUGCUGUCGUUA